AAUUGAAAAAUUUACGCUGUUUGGUUGACUUAGUCUCUUUUGACAACAGAUUUGUUUAUAUGACUUCUAGAAUAACACUGAAACUUGAUGAUGGUAUUGGUGGGGAAUGUAAUUACAAAUUAAUCAAAUCAUAAUUUAUCGAGGUUUCUCACUUUCUCUGCAACUGCAUCCCAGGACACUUAAAUAACUAACCCAGAGCCCAUGUCUUAAUGCAGUGAGUAUCAAAAAUACCUGAAAAAAUCUCAUAGCAAAUGGAGAAUUACAACAGUUUCACAUACUUGGACCAUAGUAACUUCAUCAAUUCAAGUCUCAACGAAGAUUCCUCUGUUUUUAGCGACUGUAAGAGCGACAGAUCCGGCGAGUUUCAAACGAUGUCACCCGAGAGCCGAAGAGGACUCUUCCUCUCUUGCGCCAUUGACAACUCCGACGAUUUGAUCAGAUACCUCGUAACGCAUCUCGAGUCAUCAUCCUCUUCGAUCGAGGAGCAGAAGCAAGCUGCUAUGGAGAUUAGAAUCUUAUCAAAGGACAAACCAGAGAACCGUAUCAAACUCGGUAAAGCCGGUGCGAUUAAACCGUUGAUUUCUCUGAUAUCUUCUUCGGAUCCUCAGCUUCAAGAGUACGGAGUCACUGCGGUUUUGAACCUCUCGCUCUGCGAUGAGAACAAAGAUAUGAUUGUUUCUUCCGGUGCUAUUAACUCGCUCGUUAAGGCUUUGAGAUUAGGAACACCGACGACUAAAGAGAACGCUGCUUGUGCUCUUCUCCGGUUAUCUCAAUCGGAGGAUAACAAAACCGCCAUCGGAAGAUCUGGAGCGAUUCCUCUGCUCGUGAACCUCCUAGAGAACGGAGGAUUCAGAGCGAAGAAAGACGCGUCUACGGCGUUGUACUCUCUGUGUUCAACCAAGGAGAACAAACUCAGAGCUGUGGAAUCUGGGAUUAUGAAGCCCUUGGUUGAGUUGAUGGCAGAUUUUGAAUCGGAGAUGGUUGAUAAAUCCGCGUUUGUGAUGAAUCUGUUAAUGUCGGAGCCGGAAUCGAAGCCGGCGGUGGUGGAGGAAGGAGGUGUCCCGGUGCUAGUCGAGAUUGUUGAAGCGGGAACGCAGAGACAGAAGGAGAUGGCUACAUCGAUACUGUUGAAGCUUUGUGAAGAGAGUGUUGUCUAUCGAACCAUGGUGGCUCGUGAAGGUGCCGUUCCUCCGCUCGUGGCUUUAUCGCAGAGUAGUAGCUCGAGUCGUGCUAAGCUAAAAGCUGAGGCUUUGAUUACGCUUCUUAGACAACCUAGACAACAACAACACUUUGAAUCUAACGAAAACGAAAGAUAA